UACUAUAAAACCGGACCAGGGUGAUGCAACGCACUCAGCUACAGCUGUAACUUCUCACAGAGACACACAGAGACAAGAACAAACCCCGGCUGGAGUUUUUAAGACAAACACACGCUUCUAAACGAGGGAUUUCAGAAUGAUGCUUCAACAUCCCGGUUUGGGUCUGGGUCUUGGUACUGGUCUGGGUCCUUCGGAGAUCAGUGUGUCGGCUCUGGUGCCGUGUCUGUCGCCGCCCGGGUCGCUCACGCUCGACGACUUCACUCAUUUCAGCCCGUUGGUGAAGGAAGAGCUGAGGUACGCUAUCCACAACAAACGCCUGUCCGGAGGAAUGAGUUCGUCCAACACGAGCUGCUCCGGGUACAGCCCCGAGAAUCCCACCGAGCCGCUCAGACCCAAGAGAGAGGUACUUUCACGUCUCACGACGGAAGAGGUGGAUCGCAGGAAAAGACGUCGGGAAAGGAACAAAAUCGCCGCUGCAAAGUGCCGAAACAAGAAGAAGGAAAAGACAGACUGCUUGCAAAAGGAGUCGGAGAAGCUGGAGUCUGUGAACGCCGAGCUGAAGGCGCAGAUCGAGGAGCUGAAGAACCAAAAGCAGCAGCUGGUCUACAUGCUCAACCUGCACCGGCCCACCUGCAUCGUGCGGGCGCACAACGGACAAACCCCUGAAGACGAGAGGAACCUGUUCAUCCAACAGAUCAAGGAGACCACGCUGCAGUGCAUGAGCUUCACCACGGCCGAUUCGGUCGACCCCGUCCUCCUAGACGUGUGCGAAGGUCCUCAUCUUUGAACGAAAAACAAAAAAAAAAAACAGUAUCCCAGACUGGACUAAUGAGUCAUUAGGACAAAUGUACGAUAUGGACAAAAGUUUGUGGACACUUGACCAUAACGAUACGAUUUGUGCUUGAUUUGCUCUCAUGAUAAGCUGCCAGACGUUCGUUUAUUUUGCGGCGAUUCGUUCAGCCACAAGGGCGUUGGGUAUCAAAGUAUGUGAGGAAGUCCAGGGGUGGCGUAUCACUUCAUCCCGAAGGUGUUCGAUAGGGUUUGAGUUCUAUAGCAGGCCGCUCGAGAUCUUCUACCGGAAAACCGAUGUUUACGGAGCUGCUAAGGAAGAAGCACAUUUAAAAAAAAAAGAAGCGUCCCAAUACUUUUGGCAGCCGUACAUAUUGUCGAAGCGCGAACAUCACUACAGGUGAUUUGAUGUCUUUAUUCUGUAUUUGAAUGUUAUUUACAUUUUUUUUUUUUUUACUCGCACCGUGACCCCAUUCGUUAUCCACUCACUGACACCAAGCACCGGUUUGAGAAAGACGGCGCUGCGUAUCGUUCCACGUAUCGCACGCUGGUCCCACCUAGUGAACGAAGCACCAAUACAAUGCGUUUUUCACGUUUAUGGUUGUACGUUACACCUUUUCACGUCUGUAUAAUCCGCCACUUCAAGCUGCUACAUUUGUACAAAUAUCUCAGGUCAGACAGGAAGUACCACAGGAACGAGGUCACGGAAUAAAGGAAAGAAAAUGAAGUUUGUUCCUCGUUCUGUUUUGGGUUUUUUUUUUUUUUUUUCAUUGUUGUUUUUUUUUUGUAUUGUUUUGCUUUGAGUUGUUCACGUGUCCUGAAAUGUUCUACUGUAUUUUUAUAUCUACAUAUACAUGUGUGUGUGUGUGUGUUUGUUCGAGAUGCACAAUCUUGUCACUUUAAAGAGGAUUAAACUCCCACGGUCACUAUCAUGUCACGUGUUUCACGUUCAGCACUUUUUUUUUUUUUCCAAGCGGAAGUGUAGUAUUAUUUUUUUCCCCCCUUUCAGAGAUUUAUUUGAAAUUUCCGUCGAAGUCAGACGAGAGACGCAGGCGUCAUGGUGUUUUUUUUAAAUAUAUAUAAAUAUAUAUAAUGUGGUUUUUCACUACAGCACCUUUUCCGUUUGUAUGUCAUUAUUAAUUAUUAUACAUUUUUUGGCUUCUCGGUCGUGUUCGAACCUCUUCAAGAUGUAUUGUAAAUGUAUUUAUGUUUGGUCACGUCAUUAAAAACAACCCGAACGCC